AUGGAAAAACAAAUUGGUUCUACUGUAUUGUUAGAUGUACCAUUCGAGUGGUCAGGCGAUAGUAGUCUAGAGGUGUUUACAGACGCGAUUGAGGUCGAUGCUAAAAGUUCUACGACACGGUCAAAACGUAUAGUCAUUAACCUAUCGAUCAUGGAAACGUUACAAGAUCUUAUCGAAGAAGCAAAACUUCGUACUGUUUGGUGGGGCGUUUGUAUUUUCAUCGUUACUUAUGUCUUAACUCACACAAGUAAAUCAAUGUGGAUGAAUGUACCUAUAGCAAUACUUUUGGUAGCAGGGAUUCAUAUUUUGUUAACAGAAGUCGAUUUUCGAUGGAAGAACAAGAAAUCAAACCGACAAUCAUAUUUGUCACACCUAGAGAAGAAACAAAUGUCUGUUAAUGAUUCUAGGCUUUCGACAUUGCCUCCUCCGCCUAAAUGGAAGAGAAAGAUUGAUUCUCCGAUAGUCGAGGCUGCUUUGGAUGAUUUUGUUCACAAACUUUUGCAAGAGUUUGUUGUUGAUAUGUGGUAUUCGGGUAUAACGCCCGAUAAGGAAGCCCCAAAGUUGCUUCACACGGUUAUUAUGGAUAUUCUUGCUGAGAUUUCGAUUAGAGUUAAAGAUAUAAACCUUGUUGACUUGCUUACGAGAGAUGUAGUUGAUCUAGUAGGAGAUCACUUGGAGCUUUUUAGGAAAAACCAUAUCGCUAUUGGACGGGAGGUUAUGGUGACAUUGUCUUCUGAAGAGCGAGAUGAACGGUUGAAACAUCAUCUUAUGGCUUCUAAGGAGCUUCAUCCUGCUUUGAUAUCCCCCGAGAGUGAGUACAAGUUUCUUAAGCGGGUUAUGGGAGCGCUUUUGGCUGCAGUACUAAGACCACGGGAAGCCCAAUGCCCAUUAGUUCGAUGUAUUGCACGUGAGCUCUUAACAUGCACAGUAAUGGAACCUGUAAUGAGAUUUGCAAGCCCUGGGCAAGUUAAUGAGUUGAUUGAGGCUAUUUUCUUAGCCAAAAAUAACAAGGGAGAUAAUGAGGAAGGUAAUGAUCAGUCAUCUAAUGUCACGGGUCAAACUCAGAAUCAGCCCGCAGCUGCAAACAAUCUAAAAAGCGUAGAGUCUGCUUCCCUAAAAACAGGCUCUUCAAGUGGUCAAAAGAGUGAUGAAAAGACACAAUUUACACUUGAUGAUCAAAAGAAAGCGGGUUUAAAUCCACCUGGGACCAUUGUCGGUGAUCUGGUUCAAGAUGAAUCUGUGCAACAACCGUCAUCUGCUUGGGCUCGAGUUCUUGAGGCAGCAACCCAAAGAAGGACAGAAGUUCUUCAGCCAGAAAAUCUUGAAAAUAUGUGGACCAAAGGAAGAAACUAUAAAAAGAAAGCUGAGAAGAAAGGUGCUUCAGAACAAAACAGUAGUGGACCUAAUGAGAAUUCAAACGAUCAACAAAGAGAGCAGAAUCUUGAUGGUGGAAUUUCGUGUGAUCAAAGCAAGCCAUCGGGCCCUUCUGAGACAGUUGAUGAAAAUUCUAAUAGUAAUGCUUCAUUAGAAAGAUCAAAUAGUGCUUUAGAUUUGAACAAUAAGACUCAAACCGAACCUUCAGGUGCAAUCCAAGUAGGUGGAUUAGUAAUCCCAGAGUUUUAUAACGCGAAUGUUGGCGGUGAGAAUGAUGUGCGCAAUGCCAAUACAGUAUCUGAUAAAGUAACACGUACCGAAGGAUAUAUUCCAAAGCUCAGGUGUCGGGUUCUAGGAGCAUACUUUGAAAAUCUUGAUUCAAAUCCAUUUGCAGUGUAUUCGAUUGCAGUAACGGAUGUGGAUAACAAAACUUGGUUUGUGAAAAGAAGAUAUAGAAAUUUUGAGAGAUUGCACCGUCAGCUUAAAGAUAUUCCUAAUUAUUCAUUACAUUUGCCUCCUAAAAGGAUAUUCUCAUCUAGCACAGAGGAUGCAUUCGUUCAUCAACGUUGUAUACAGCUUGAUAAAUAUCUUCAAGAUCUGUUGUCUAUAGCUAAUAUCGCCGAGCAACAUGAAGUAUGGGACUUCUUGAGCAUGUCUUCUAAGAGUUACUCUUUUGGAAGGUCAUCAUCGGUGGUGAAAACUUUAGCAGUCAAUGUGGAUGAUGCUGUGGAUGAUAUUGUGCGUCAAUUCAAAGGAGUUUCAGGAGGUUUAAAGCGGAAAGUUGUUGCCCCGGGUUCUCCAUCUGAAGCUUCUGGAAUAUUUACUAAUAAAAAUGUUUCUUUAAAAUCUGAUGAAGCAAUUGGUUCAAUGACCAAGCAGACUACCUCAGGUAGCGCUAAUAGUUUUUCCGACUAUGAAGGAAGUGAUAAAGAUGGCACACUUCACCUUGAGGACUCAGAGUCUGCUAAUGAGCAGAAUCUGGAUAAUGAUUUGAAGUCAAAAGACGAUAAAAGCUUAGAGUUGGAUAAGAAAAUGAGUUCAGAGGAUCGGUCUGAAAUACUUGGCCUCACUGCAAACCUUACAUCAACUUCUGGUCUCAAGGAAGAUCCUCUUGGUGUGCCAGCAGAGUGGGCACCGCCUAAUGUAAGUGUUCCGUUGCUAAACUUAGUGGACAAGAUAUUUCAACUCAAGAGAAGAGGAUGGUUAAGGCGACAAGUCUUUUGGAUAUCAAAGCAAAUAUUGCAGCUAAUGAUGGAAGAUGCUAUUGAUGAUUGGUUGUUAAGGCAAAUUCAUUGGCUCAGAAGAGAUAAUGUGGUUGCUCAAGGAAUUCAUUGGGUACAAGAUAUUCUAUGGCCCGAAGGUACAUUCUUUCUGAAACUACGAGCGAGUCAAACAGAUUCUGUUCAGUCAAACGAUGGUUCAUUGCAGAACCAAUCUGGUAGUAAAAACAAUAAACAAGGGUCCUUUGAGGAACAGCUUGAGGCUGCUCGUCGAGCUAGCGAUAUAAAAAAGAUGAUCUUCAAGGGAGCACCUACUACAUUGGUUAGUUUAAUCGGGCAUAAGCAAUACAAACGUUGCGCUAAAGAUGUAUAUUAUUUUCUCCAGUCCGCUGUGUGUUUGAAGCAACUUGGAUAUGGUUUACUAGAACUUGCACUCAUUACAGUCUUCCCGGAGCUGCAAGACAUUAUAUUAGAUGUUCAUGAGAAGAAAAAAGACGAAAAGGUGUAGAUCACAAAUGUUUUGAUGUUUAGAUUGACCAGUCAUUAUCUGUAAUUCUGUAAAUAGUUUGGCGGCAUCAUUCUUUGCAGCAGCAGCAACAACACUCAAUAUAAUCCAUGCAUACGAGAUAUGAGGGAAGUGAGAUAUUGACAGUCUUGUCUUUACCAGUUUGGCAGCAUCAUUCUUUGUUAUAUCCCAAUAGUAAAAAAAAAUGAAAAAAG